CGGCGUGGCGAAACCGCACGGGGCGCCGAUGCCUCCUGCCAGGGGAGCACACAAGUGACCGGCAUCUCUUCCCAUGUCUGUCUCCUGAAGCGACACCCCCCCACCCCCCCGCCCGGCAUGGAUGUGGCCAACAAUACUACCUCCCCAGCGCGCUCCCCCGAGGGGACAAGCGGCCCCAGCCUCGCCGAGAUGACCCUGGGCUACCAGGUGCUCACCUCCCUGCUCCUGGGCACGCUUAUCCUGUGCGCCGUGAGCGGCAACGCCUGCGUGAUCGCAGCCAUCGCCCUGGAGCGCUCCCUGCAAACCGUGGCCAACUAUUUGAUCGGCUCGCUGGCCGUCACCGACCUCAUGGUGUCCGUGCUGGUGCUGCCCAUGGCGGCCCUCUACCAGGUGCUGAACAAGUGGACGCUGGGGCAGGUCACCUGCGACAUCUUCAUCUCGCUGGACGUGCUUUGCUGCACCUCUUCUAUCCUGCACCUGUGCGCCAUCGCUUUGGACAGGUACUGGGCCAUCACGGACCCCAUUGACUAUGUUAACAAGCGAACUCCCCGGCGGGCGGCCGUGCUCAUCAGCCUGACCUGGCUUAUCGGCUUCUUGAUAUCCAUCCCGCCCAUGCUGGGCUGGAGGACGCCGGAGGACCGCUCGAACCCCGACGCCUGCACCAUCAGCAAGGACCACGGGUACACCAUCUACUCCACCUUCGGCGCCUUCUACAUUCCGCUUCUUCUCAUGCUGGUGCUCUACGGUCGCAUCUUCAAGGCGGCACGCUUUAGGAUCCGCAAGACAGUAAAGAAAGCAGAGAAGAAAAAAAUCGCCGACACCUGCCUCACUCUCUCUCCGACCACCGUGAAGAAAGGCAAUGGGGAGCCCGGCAAGGGCUGGCGGCGGACUGUAGAGCCCAAGCCCGGCGCUUGUGUCAACGGCGCGGUGCGGCAGGGCCAGGACGGGACCGCCCUGGAGAUCAUCGAGGUCCAGCACUGCAACAGCUCCUCCAAGACUCACCUGCCGCUGCCCAGCGAGGCGUGCGGCUCCCCACCGCCGCCCUCUUUCGAGAGGCGCAACGAGAAGAACACGGAAGCCAAACGCAGAAUGGCUUUGUCCCGGGAGAGGAAGACUGUCAAGACCCUGGGCAUCAUUAUGGGCACCUUUAUCCUCUGCUGGCUGCCUUUCUUCAUCGUGGCCCUGGUCCUGCCCUUUUGUGACAGUAAGUGCUACAUGCCCGAGUGGUUGGGGGCAGUAAUCAACUGGCUGGGCUACUCCAACUCCCUUCUCAACCCCAUUAUCUAUGCCUAUUUCAACAAAGACUUCCAAAGUGCUUUUAAGAAAAUUAUCAAGUGCAAAUUUUGCCGUCAGUGAAGCCCGCCACUCCGGGACGGAGCAAUGGGAUCCUGUUACUUCCUCCACCCGCCUGCCCCGAGCCGCAGUGUGCCCCCCCCUCCCAGCCCCUACACAGCCCUUCCGAAGGGCGGGGGACUCCGGCAUCCCCGCUCCGCGC